AUGACCCACAGAAGACGCUCCAGUUUGUUUCUCCACGUUAAAUCACCGCCAAAUCCAAAUGAUAAUCCUACGCUAUGGGAGCAUCGUCUACGGCAGAGGCGCCCAAUCUCGCGCAACCCGUUCGAGAAAAGUGUGCCUGAUGGUGACUAUGGAAACACUGUGAUCACUUCCUCUCCAGUUAUUCAGAGCGAGCCAACUAAAUUCGAGGAGGUCGAAGCGGGAGAUCCCCCCGAGGAACCCGUAAAGUUGAAGAGUAAUUGGGACAUGGAAUGGGGCGAACAAGUACCAUCUUGGCUAAACCUGUUCUUUGACCUGGCAUGGACCGCCACGUUCUCCAGUUUGACCUCAAACAACAAGUUCAGGGAACCAUGGGUAGGAUCCUUAAACGACGCGCCCCUCGCCUUCAAACUUACCACAAACACGUUUAUAGGAUUCCGUUUCAUAUAUUGCAUUUUUCAUAACGGCAUGGUGGCUAUGGGUAUCACAGGUGAUACUCAUCAACUCACGAUUUUCAGCUCGAUCACUGAAACCUCACAGGUGGCUUACAACGUCGACUUCUACACUGAUGACUGGUUCCAUUUGAUUUUUACGUUCCUGCAAUUGCUUAUUUUCGGUGCUCUGGCUGCAACCACACGAGGGUAUGAUGUUAGAAACUACAUUCUACGGUCUCCUGGUAGUUCAGAAUUGGAGACAUACGAUAUCAUAACGAUCAAUCCAGAAAGAUAUUCAACCGAACGCCUCACAAAGAUAUCUCUUCGGGUCAUCACUUUCGUUCUAGCCAUGAGUCGCGUAUUUCUUCUCAUCCAACAUCUGAGGGUUGUCAUAUACGCCAAAAUCACCGCCAAGGCCAAUCGCCUUCCUCGCCAGCUGUUCAUUGUUCCGGCUACCCUGGUCAUAUCAACUGGACUAUUCGUCACAGCAUUCCUGACUACUAUAGCUCCCAAGGGAACAGAACCGUAUGGAGCGAAAAUUAAAUACGCGUGCUGGGGAUCUGCUGUGCUGGUCGAGAUGGUUGCCCACAUUAUCAGAUUUCAACUGGAUCUUAAUCGAGGCAUUCGACUGCGGUCCCAUGGAUCAAUUACAGGCCGGUUGUCGGACAUUACGACCAUUAUACUCGGAGAGGGCAUGAACGCGAUUGCAGGUACAUUCUAUGCAAUCGAGCAAGCUCCUGGAAUCAGUGUACCGACUGGUAGCUCUGUUAUCUGUUGCGGCGUAAAGAACCAGCUUCUGCUUGUAAACUUCCUGAAUUCGGUCGACUAUAUCAUGUUAGGCAUCUCAAAAUCGAUAAAGAUCGCAGACGAGGCUCAGCUAAAUGCCACGAUGCGCCCCUUGUUGUUACAAGCUGGCUUGUCUUUUGAUCGGGAAUAUUCUAAGCUCGAUGACAUGAUCAGCUCGAAUUUUAGCCAGUAUGCCAGUCUUCCUAACGAAACCGCCACGGCUUUCGGUGACGAGAUCACGCAAGUUUGGUACUUGAGGAUUCAGCUUUCAGCCACACUCAACACAUAUUUGAACUAUAUGGAGAACGACACGAUCCCCGAAACGGUUUAUUCAACGAUUAGAAGUUACCAGACCGAUUACAACUUCACUCUGGAAGAUCUCAAGGUAUCGAAGGCCACCAACCCUCCUCAACUCCCUCACUUUGGACAGAUACAGGAAGCAUUGGUAGAGCCCAGUAUUGGAAACGCUCGCUACAUUAUGGCAAUGUACCGAUUCCACUGGGCUUCAGUCUUCAGUCGUUACACAAUGGGUGUAUGCAUGAUACUGCUUCUGUUCCUUAACAUUGGAUCCGUCCAAGCUUAUGUAGGAUGGAACGAACAGCAACUUUCUCGUCGUGCGGGAGUGUUCAAAUGGAUUGAUGCCACUUGCGUCCUUCCUACGCUGGCACUGGCGUACGCGAUUCAUUCAUCAUCGAUAAUACGAAGAACUUACGGGAUCAAACUACAGGCCUUGGUCUAUGCAGCUGUGUGGCAUUCGAGAAAGGUUGCCAGUCAGGAGAAGUAG